AAAGCAGGCAGAGGAACCAUGUUGGGAUAGUUCUCCCGUCCCGCCGCUGCACCGCCUUACACGGUUCAAACAUCACAAACAUGUCGGCGGAGGAUAUCCACUCGAUGUACGCCUCCACCAUGGAGAGCAUGCUGAAGAGCGCCAUGGCGGAAACCACCAAACUUUUCGAAAGUAUGGUGAACGACCUGAAAGCCGAAAUCACCCAGAUGAGGAAAGAGAACGAGGACCUGAAGACGAGAGUCGGCCAGAGCGAGCCGGGGCCGGGGCAGGCGGCGGAGCGGACCCCGGAGCGGGGCCACGGGGCCGGGAAAUGCGACUCCGCGGUCCAGUGCGACCUUUCCCCUAUCCCAACAGGUCUGGUGGACGAAUGUCAGCAAUUUGGGACCUCUGUGCUGCAAAACCAAGACCAGCAGCUCACCAAUGAGCAGAUAGCCGACAGUUCUCAGGAACACAACUACGUCUGUCAAGGCAACAGCGAUUCUAAUGAGAUGUGUAACUAUGCCAUACAGACGUGUGUCUUGAAGCAAGAGGAAGUUGAGUCUUCUGGUGCCUAUAAACAAGUCUCUAGCGACAAUAUGGGUUCAGAAAGCGCAAGUCUUCCUACUUUCCAGAGGUGGACAUCAGAAGAAUUAACAUCAGGGAACCCAGUACAGAAUGUGACGCCUUCUUUGGUUAUAUCACUUAAAGAUGCAUUCAGUGAUGAUAUUAAAGAAGAACCUGAAUAUGUUCAGAUGGCGGAGGAAACAGACAUGCAGGAUGAACACAGAACAUCUGAAAAUCUUGUCCCUCCAGAAUGUUGCCAGAAUGAGUCAACGGCCAAAAAUGAGCAAACUGAAGCGCAAAGCACAGAGCAACAGGUGGAAGAGUCUGCGUUGGUCAAGAAACAAAGUGCUUGUGAAGAAUUGAAUCAUGGUAGUGCAAAAGCAAGUUCUGAACCAAAUGAGCCACCACGCCGUAAAAGAGGUCGACCACCAAAGAAAAAAGGGAAAUCCUCUGCUAAAGUUCUAAAAAACAAGGACUUGAAUACCUCUUCAGUAGCAGAGAAGGCGAUGGAGGCAUCUUCUGGUAAUACAGAAGAUAAAAUAUCCACAGAAACUUCAACUGUCACCACUUCAUCAGUUCAGGAGAAUGUGAGUGAAACACAGAACACUGCGCAAGCAGCAUCAGGAGUGCUGAAAAGACACUACACUUCUGCAAGUCUUCAGGAUGCAAUGCUGCUGGUUGAAGCCAUGAAUCAGUCGCCAGUGGAAAGGACAAUCUCCCCAUCAGUGAGCACGGCACAACCUCCGGCCCCCUUAUCUCUCAUUGCGGGAACCACACAAAUGUUGAACAAACCCCCAGUGAAACCACAGAUAUGUAUUACCACGGUUGGAACUCAUCCGAAGGCAGGAACGCCUGAUAUUACUCUCUGUGUUAAAAGUGCCACUUCUUCUAAAGCUUGCAAUGUAGUUGUUAUUCCAAAACAACAUAGUGUCCCUCCUCGGUGUAGUACUAAACAGGAGAAUUCAACAUCACCAGGUGUGGCUGCUUUUUUAGGUGGUAAAGUUGUCAGGAAAACAUCCCAAACAAUCAUUAUUGUGCCAGGACCUGGAAAGACAUUUGCAACUCCUCAAAUGACACUAAAGUCUCAUCCAAGAUUGACUUUUGCCACAGCAAACUGUAUAAGUCCCAAACCUGCUGUUGCAGUGUUUCCUAAAACAAAUCCCCCUUCCCCCGUUCCCAAAUCUGUCAAAGGCACCGUCCAGAAAUGUCUCCCUUACCUUCCAAUACACGCUAAAACCAUAACAUCACAUCAGGAGUCAAAGACCCCUCAGAAACAAAGAAUAGCCAUUGUUAUUCCACCACCACCAGUGGCGGUAUCCCUAAACCCCGAGCUUGUUGCUAAUUCAGAAACGGAUAGAGCAUCUGCUGCUGGCUUUCCUGUACCUACUCCUGAUCCUGGCUCUAGUACAGACUCUGUUUGUGUUCUUGACCCUACUCCCGCCUCUGAUCUGAGGCCUACUCCCGCAUCUGAUCUUGACCCUACUGCAGAUACUGAAGAUACUGAUCCCGGUCCUAAUCUCGACACUGACCCUACUUCUGAUCUUGACCCUAGUCCUGCCUCUGAUCUUGACCCUAGUCCUGCCUCUGAUCUUGACCCUACUCCCGUCUCUGAUCUUGACCCUACUCCCGUCUCUGAUCUUGACCCUACUCCCGUCUCUGAUCUUGACCCUACUCCCGUCUCUGAUCUUGACCCUACUCCCGCCUCUGAUCUUGACCUUACUCCCGCCUCUGAUCUUGACCCUACUCCCGUCUCUGAUCUUGACCCUACUCCCGCCUCUGAUCUUGACCCUACUCCCGCCUCUGAUCUUGACCCUACUCCCGCCUCUGAUCUGAGCCCUUCUCCCGCCUCUGAUCUGAGCCCUUCUCCCGCCUCUGAUCUGAGCCCUUCUCCCGCCUCUGAUCUGAGCCCUUCUCCCGCCUCUGAUCUGAGCCCUUCUCCCGCCUCUGAUCUGAGCCCUUCUCCCGCCUCUGAUCUGAGCCCUUCUCCCGCCUCUGAUCUUGACCCUCCUCCCGCCUCUGAUCUGAGCCCUCCUCCUGCCUCUGGUCUUGACCCUCCUCCCGCCUGUGGUCUUGACCCUCCUCCCGCCUGUGGUCUUGACCCUACCCCCGCCUCUGAUCUUGUUCCUACUCCCGCAUCUGAUCUGAACCCAACUCCAGCCUGUGAUCUUGUCCCUAUUCCCGCCUCUGUUCCUGACCCUAUUCCCGCCUCUGUUCCUGACCCUAUUCCCGCCUCUGUUCCUGACCCUAUUCCCGUCUCUGUUCCUGAUCCUGACCUCAGUCCUGCCUCUGAUUGGGAUCUUACUUAUGACCACAAUCCUGAUACUGACCCCAACUAUGACCUUGUUUGUACAGAUUCAUCAAUUCAGCUGAUUUCCACAUCACAACAGUCAAAUUCAUCUAUCUCUGCCCCGCUAACGCCAUUAUUUGAGAAAAUAAGUACCAGUAAAACAAUUGACAACCUAGGCGAUUCCAAGCAAGCUGCCUGUGUUUCUGAAAUGAUUAAUGCUUCCACAGACACAUGUUUGAGUCCAGAAGUGGUCACUGGGCAAGUGCCGACACCUGCAUCUUCAGUGUUGCUGCCAAAUGCCAAACAGAAACUCCAUGCUGUGGUUAGAUUAACGAGGCUUCCAUUUCCAGUAACAACAAAAGAAUCCAUCUUGGUGUCAAAGCUUCCUAAAGUCAUGGGGAAGCAGAAGCCAUCAGAACGACCAGUUUUGGUUUCACAGAUGCCCGUUUUAUCCCAUCUUAAAACCUCAGAAAAGCCUGAAGUAUCUUCCACAGUAGGCACUGUGAUGAAAGAGGAGGAGCCCUUGCCUGUACCUGAUUCUCCUAACAAAGCAGCUUUCAUGGCGGUCAAGAACAACCUUGAGCCUAAUUUGGAAAUUACUAAAUCUCAGUUCCUGACAAAACUGUUGCUGUCACCAGCCCAAGAAAAAGAGUCUAGGAAGAAGAACUCCCAACCAAAAACAUCAAUUGUUGCCCGACUGCGAAAUCACCUAAAAGACUUGGAAACAAAAGCAGCUGCAAAAAAAUGCAAAGCAGACACAGAUAUAAACACCAAUGGUCCAAAGAAAUCAAGGUUAGACGAUGACCAUUCCUAUUAUGCAAGGGAAACUACCACUUCUAAUUUGAUCACUAAUACGCCGUUGUCGAAUAGCUUUCAAUCUGGAGUAUGUAGAGGCACAGCUGCAAUAAGUGUUUGUGAAGCUGCUUCGGUCAAGUCUGGGAAGACUACUCGUGAUCCUGCUGCUGUGAGUGUUAAGAGGUUCAGCCCAGAAAGCGAUACUGUAGGCUCAAACGAUAUCAAAUCCCCAUCUGCCAAGCGAUCCAAAUCAAAAGAAAAGUGUCCGAGCCCAACAAUAAUCAAUCAAAUAAUCAAUAUUGCAAUGAAUAAGAGAUCCCCACCUGCGAGUCCAAGGAUGACUAGCUGUACUCAAGAGAGUAGUCAUCCUAAAAUUACUAGUACCAUAAAUACAAAAUCUCCCUUUAUGAGCUCUAAAAUAUCACCCAGAGAGGGUGCAGGGCUUCAGAGUACUUUAUCUGUUUGUCUUGAGAAGAUUCCAGACCUUUUGAGCUAUCCUAGUAGUUUCACCAUCACUAAAGCCAGCACCAGUAUUAAACCAGUUAAAAGCCAGUCCAAUGUUUUAAGUCCUGGGAAGAAUCCUGAAACAACUGUCAGUGGUAAAACUGAAGAAAGCAAUGGAGAAGACAUAUUGCCAAGUGUCAAGGCAGAAGAUGAUAUUGAUGAUAUUGAUAUUGAAAUAUCUACCCCAACUUCUGGGUCCGAAGCAGACCUGAAAGUUAAUGCAACUAAAACUGCAAAGACUCGUAAAAGGAAAGAGAAGGCUGCAAAGAGAAGGCGUAUUCAAUCAAAAACGAAGAAAGAGUUUGCCGCAUCUAGGGAUGGGAGAAAAUGUCGAGCUGUUGUGUGGUAUCCUCCUACCCUUCCACCCAACGAAGUGCCCUCCUUGGAGCGAAGGAGGCCAAAACCUAUCCCGGUGGAAGAUAAGGUUCCUGUGAUACCAUACAAGAAAGCACCCAUGAUAUCACCCUUACAGCCACUUGCUGUCAUUGGAAAGUAUCUGUUGAGGAACCAGUGUGGGGAAUGUGGCCGGAUCUUCAGCAGCAGUUCUGCCCUGGAGAGCCAUGCUGGUCUCCAUGCAGUACAUCAUCCGUUUUACUGCACGUUCUGUGGGAAGUCAUUCCCAGACUCCAAGAGCUUCAAUCGGCACCACAGGGUUCACCGCAACGGGAGAAUCCAUAUCUGCCCCAAGUGCGGGAAGGGCUUCGUCUACCGUUUCGGCCUCACCAAACAUCUCGUGAUGGUCCACAGCAAGAUAAAGCCUUUCGUCUGCCAGUUAUGCAACAAGGGUUACUACUCGAAACGAGAAGUGGAAGUCCACAUACGGAGUCACACCGGAGAGAGACCUUUCCACUGUCACCUCUGUGAGAAAAAGUUUAAAAGGAGAGUUGAGCUGAAUACGCACUUGCGGUGGCAUAAUGGAGAAAAAAGACACUGGUGUCCAUAUUGUGAGAAAGGAUUCUUAGACUACAACAACUUAAAAAGGCACAAAUAUACCCACACAGGGGAGAAACCGUAUUCCUGCCCGCACUGCUCCAAGCAAUUCGCACAGACAGGCCACAUGAAGAAGCAUAUAAGGAAUGCGCAUGAAGACGACUGGAUCUCCGACGUCUGACAUACCUCUGGGGCACCAACAAGAUAGUGAUGGGUACAAGCGAUAAAGAACAGGAUCUCUAUCUUUCGUCAAUAGUUUAAAAGUUUUUUUUGUUUUUUUUUAUGUACAUAUAAAACAUGAACUUGGCAUGAAGAUAGUGUCUUGUAACUGCAAAGGAAAACAUUCAGACGUCUUUCUUUAAUGUUCAAAAUAAAAUUGUUUGAAAGGUGCAUUUUCUUUUUUUCUUUUAACAGGUGACUAUUUAAGAAACUAAAAAGUGUAGGAAAUAAUACUUUUUUUUCAAUUCAUUUUUUAUACUAUGCCUUAGUAAAAAAAAUAUACUCUAUGCAUACUUUUUAAUUUGAAUGGGAUUUGGUUGUUUUAAUGAUAGUGAUUUGCUGUAUUGUCAUUGAAAAAGGAUUGCAUAGGAUCAGAAUUAAACUUUUGUGUAGAUGGUUGAAUU